AUGUCGUUUCGAUUCUUUCUACUGGCGUGGUUGACUUUCCUCCUUCGGUGCAGUGCACAGGGCGGCUUCUCGGGUGUGUGGCACUUGGUCGAUGCCCUCUCCGUCGUGUGCCCAGCCGGCAAAGGAUCGGCAACGGUGACGAUUGAGAAGCCAACAAGUUCCGAGUAUGAGCCACACAUUUUCACCAUCUUCCGUACCGCGAAGAGCUCUGUAAGCCUGAGCUUCAUUGCCAAGGAUGCCACUGGCAAGAUGGUGGCCGACCAGUCAAACGGAAUCACCUUGCAUGCGGGUACAUACCGGCGGCUGUCUGGCUUGGGGUCAGAAGACACCAAUGUUUCCGCCAGAGAGUUGUGGGGCAUGCGGCGGCGCAUGUCCUCUGGUUCCCGUCGUCGGACCGGAGGCGGUGGUGGAGGUGGUAUCAACCUAAACCCCACCACCUGGUUCUCCCCACGGCGCCGGAUCUCAACACCUACAUACCCCGCGGCAUCCACCGGCUUUGGGAGCCCACGCCGUCGCAUCGCGGCGCCUGCAGCCGCCGGUGCCGGUGCGGCAGGCGCCGCAGGCCCUUAUGGAAGCCCAAGGCGCCGGGGCAUCAUGGCUCCAGCGCCAGGCCCUGCCGGAGGCUACGGAUUGAGUCCUCGGCGUCGAAGCUCUGCUAGCGCCGCGACGGGCUACGGGUACAGCAGCGUCCGCAGGCGCCGUACUUACAUCGCUGGGGGUAGCUCCAGCUACA